UCUUUAGGAAUAUCGCAAAUCGUAAGCUCAGUAGCUUUUCCAACGCGUUGACUCUUCCUGUCUCUGACCCUUCUCGUUCCCGUGCGCGCCGUCCUAUCCGCGGUGCGCUCCGGACACUUCGCUGCCUGCCUCCCUCCCUCCCCUCCGCUCCACUCUCCUCCCUCCUCAUCCUCACCGCGCAGACCUCGACGCGCACAGGCACAACAGAUGGUACAGUACUACAGGCUGCAGGAGCGCAAAAAUUUGGCGUAGAAGUACUUUUAUCCCUCUAAACUUCACAGGGACGGUUAGCGUGACGGGAGUGCGAGGGUUCUCCGCGGACAAAACUCGACUUUGAGAGCCACUGGAUCCCAGCGUUUAGAGGCGCAAUUUGGUGUCAAGGUCAGGAGUGGUCAUGCCGUUUGGCUGUUUAACAGUCGGAGAAAAGAAGGAUUACAACAAUCCUUCGGACGUGACAGAUAAAUAUGACCUGGGUCAGAUUGUUAAGUCGGAGGAGUUCUGUGAGAUUUUCAGGGCCAAGGACAAAACUACGAUGAAAAUGUAUACAUGUAAAAAGUUCCUGAAAAAGGACGGGAGGAAAGUCCGCAAGGCCGCCAAGAAUGAGAUCAUCAUCUUAAAAAUGGUGAAGCACUCCAACAUCCUCCAGCUGGUGGACGUCUUUGAGACCAAAAAGGAGUACUUCCUCUUCCUCGAACUUGCAACUGGCAGGGAGGUGUUUGACUGGAUCCUAGAUCAAGGCUACUACUCAGAGCGAGACACCAGCAACGUGGUGCGCCAAGUGUUGGAGGCCGUAGCCUAUCUCCACUCCCUGCGCAUCGUUCACAGGAACCUCAAGUUGGAGAACUUGGUUUACUACAACCGCCUGAAGCACUCUAAAAUAGUCAUCAGUGACUUCCAUCUGGCCAAGCUGGAGAACGGACUAAUAAAAGACCCCUGUGGGACACCGGAGUACCUGGCUCCGGAGGUGGUUGGCAGGCAGCGUUACGGCAGACCUGUGGACUGCUGGGCCACAGGGGUCAUCAUGUACAUACUGCUGUCAGGCAACCCUCCUUUCUAUGACGAAACAGAUGAUGAUGAUUAUGAAAACCAUGACAAGAACUUGUUCCGAAAGAUCCUGGCAGGCGAUUAUGAGUUUGACUCUCCGUACUGGGAUGAAAUCUCUGAUUCAGCCAAGAGUCUCGUUGCUCGUUUGAUGGAGGUGGAUCAAGACCAAAGGCUGACAGCGCAGGAGGCUAUAAACCAUGAAUGGAUCUCUGGUGGUGCAGCUUCAGAUAAGAACAUCAAGGAAAAUGUGUGCGCACAAAUAGAGAAGAACUUUGCCAGAGCUAAAUGGAAGAAAGCCGUGCGAGUCACCACCAUCAUGAAGAGACUGAGGGCGCCCGAGCAGAGUCCUGCAGCCGGCGCCCCCGCAGCACCCCAAGCUGCCGCUGACCCCGCCGCCCCUUCAUCUGCCGCCUCGACCGACGGCUCCUCCGCUGCAGUCACGGAGCUCCCCGUCGGGACAGCGACGAACCAGCCGGCGGCGGAGCCCGGGGCUGGAGUGGCGGCCCCGGCUGAAGAGCCACAGCGGCCCAGCCCGGCACCGCAGGCGGUGGAGCCCACAUCACGCUGCAACGGGGAAGCUGUUCACACGUCUGCCGAGGCCGGUGACGAGCAGGGUUAAACUCCACCCGCGCUCCUGUGUGACUCCUGCAGUCCCCACCAACUUCUACACACUGUACAUUAGCUGCUAGCAUGGUGACACUGACUGGCUUCUCUCUCACUUGCAGCAUUAGUAUCAUCUCAUGGAAGCUGUAUGCUACCUUUUCCUGAGUGCUGCCUUGCAUUGGCUGUAUUUUUACAUGCAUUGUGUGCCCCCCCCCCCCCCCCCCCCCCCCCCCACUAACCCUGUGGUGUAUGUCAAAUUAUAUAAACCACUUCCAUCUCCUCAAAUUUGAGUUUUAAGGGCAAAAUGUGUCUGCUGUCAACCUGUGGCUCAUGGCUCAAACCACCUUCCUGAUUCCUCCUGCAGUGAUGAGAGAAUAUUGGAAGAUACAAUUGCGAUGAAAACAGCUUUGAUUCCCUUUUAAUGAGCCAACUUGGGAAACGUCUCUCUGCCAGUCUUGCGUUUGCAGUAUUAGUUCCUAGAAUCAGUCGAAAUGUCUCGCUCCAGAAAUUCUUACCAUGUAUCAUAAUAUCCAGUAAGUGUUGGCGGAGAAGAUUACACAUUCACACAGACCAUACAGUUAUCUUUAAUAUCUGUUAUUGUCUGCACUAACCAGUUAUUGUGCAUUAAACAAUGCUGAGGUUGGUGACUGGGAGUUUUUGAGCCCGGUACUGUAAUUUGAAUAAGGCAGCUUCGCACACGAGCACACACAAACACUAUGUUCCUUUGCUAAGUUCCUGCUCAGGAAAGAACCUCAUAGCUCUGUGUAAAGAUUCUGUAUAUAGAGACCUUUGUAGAAGUAGCCAAAACAGCAUGCAUUCUUACUUUUUGCUGUUCAUUCUGCAUUUACACCCACUUUGAUAAAGACGCGCUACCGCCAACCCCGUCUUAUCGUAGGCCACAGCACUCUCGCCCUUUGCCGCAAGUCACGCUGAGGCUAAUGUUCUUUUCGAAAGCAUACUACACAAUACGCUGUCUUCUGCUUCUACCUUUCAUUUCGAACCGCUGGCGUUAUUGUGCGUUAUAUCAACAACACAGUUCUAGUCUUCAUUACAUAGCAGUUCUAUGCAUCUGAAUUAUUUUGUAGCUUUCCUUUUUUUCCCCAGACAAAGUCACAUCACCACGUCGUGACCAUUCAUGACACAUUUAUCCAACACGCGACGGACGUUUGUCUUUCAGUUGGUUUUGCUAGACCUUGAAUUUACAUUUGAUCCCGACAUUCGUGUUGGCUCAGACGCCGCUCAUGUCUUAAUAUUUGGUUGAAACUGUAAAAACAAAACGUGCAUUAACCGACCACGUGCGGCUUUCAAGCGAAGACAUGCGCCAUUUUGACUUUGUGGUAGAGUUGUCGUCACCGACUCGGCUUCGUUGACUUGUAUUGUAGUGAAAUAAAUGUAUGAAGCAUAUGUUUGACUUUUUUUUUUUUUUUUUAAUUGUCUAAUUUAUUUAUUUAUUUAGAUAUAUGUAUACCUUUUUAUUUGAUUGUUUUCAGCUCCUUCAGUCGUCCGUUUGUCGUAGAUUUCCAGUUUUCACUUGAUGAACAGUAAUAACAAAUCUAUCCCUUCUUUUCACUGGUCCCAUCCAGCAUUAAUAAUGAGCUAUGGAAGGAGAUCUCGGUAAUCACUCUAGAGAAAAUUGAGCAAUAUUCGAACGGCUGCAGAAACUGUGAUUCCUGGUGUCCUUUUCAAUACAGUCCAUGUACCUGUAAGUAAAAGUCAACAGUCCAUGCGAGCCGUCUGGGCCUCCAGGGCCACUGACGCACACAGUCAGUCAAUAACACACGGCUGCUGUCACAUAAAUGUGUCCCUGUGUGGCAUGUGCGUUCUCGCAUGACUUCCUGUUAUAGCACACACUGAAUUUUUUUUGUUUUUGUUUGUUUGUUUGGUUUUGUUUUUAUUCGCUGGCCACUUAAAAAACAGCAGCCACAUUGUCGGUGUGAUUUUUUUUGAUGACUCAAUUAAAGUGUAACCUGUCAUGGCUCGUGCACAGCCACCUUGUCUGGCUUCACCCAAUUUGUUGUCGACCUGUGAAUCUGUGCACACCUGUGAAUUUCUACGAAGAUGUUCAUUUCAAGUAAAAACGGGGAGAAAAACCGAUCGCGUUUCUUAUCUCAAGUUUGACUUUGUUGUCGCAGUCUUUUAUUUCCACAUGUACCUGUUUUGAAUUUGUGUUAAGCUAGAUUGGCCCACGCGCCAAUUCUUCGUAUUAUAUCACUAUUUUGUUUCUUACGUUGUCUAUAAGAUGAAUAUUUAGAUUUUAACAGAAGGGUAUCAGAGCCUAUUAUGUGACUAGAUUACUUCAUGUAGUUUGUUCUCAUUGUUUAGAUGGCAAAUAAAUACUGUUUUAAAUAAACACAGGUUGAAGCGAUGCUUUUUCCAAUACAUUCCUCACUGUAUUCAGUAUCUCAUGUCUGUUCAUUUUGCCAUGCACUUACAGGUGUAUUUGUAGAUGUGAUGUUUGCCAGGACCAGUGGUCAUCUGUAGGUUCUGUCCUGCAUUUGUGAGCUCUGUACCGUACUCCUUGACCGAGUUGAUGACUUUGAUGGUAAUAAAACUGAAUUCAUCUGUUUA